AUGUUCCCAUCUGUCGAAACUGACUUUGGCCUUAGCAUGCUACGGUAUGCACCAUCCAACGUCUCUAUGGUGGUGUCUCCGAUUUCCGUGAUCUUUGCUUUGGCCAUGAUCGAAGCGGGCUCGAAAGGAACUACGAAGUCUCAAAUAAAUUCAGUCAUUGCAAAGGGUAAGGGGCGUGGAGCGUCAGAUAACGAAGUAGAAGAGUAUUACUCGAAGCUUUUCCACCAAAUCACAAACUCAAAAAACGGCGUGAAGAGCAGGAUAGCUAAUGGAUUUUUCCUGGAUAAGCAGUUCAAAGUUGAGAACGACUAUGAGCAAACCAUCAAAAAGGCGUACGAGGCAAAAGUGGAAGCUUUGGAUUUUGGGAGAGCAAAGGAAGCUGCUAAGGUUAUUGAUGAUUUCAUAGCUAACACUACUGAGGGAAAAAUUAGCGACAUGGUAAACGAAGGCUCUGUUGAAGGGGCGUACUCCUUGAUUGUCAAUGCUAUCUAUUUUACUGCUGAGUGGGAAUUCAAAUUUUACAAGACCUCGAAUUCGAACGGCACAUUCUACAGAUCUGCCGGAAAUGAACGUCAGGUUGAAUACAUGAAUGAUUUUGAUGAGCACAGGCUUUACGCUGAAGACAACGACCUUCAAGUUCUUUCCCUUCAGUAUUUGGAUACCUCAUAUGCACUCAAUAUCUUCUUACCCAAAAGCAGAUUUGGCCUUAACGAAGUUCGAUCGAAGCUCACUGGAGAGCGGAUUCAAAGCCUUCUGUCGAAGCUGAAACAAACCUACAUAUCGAUUUCAAUCCCGAAGAUGAAGAUUGAGACGGACUUCAAACUCAAGAAGGCGCUGAUUGGCAUGGGUGUUACGGCGAUGUUUAGCGACAACGCUAACUUGACCGGAAUCAGCAAAGAACCUCCGCUCAAGGUCUCCGAUGCUGCUCACAAAGCCAUAAUUGAGGUUGAUGAGGACGGAACUACAGCAGCGGCUGCUACAUUUUUCAAGAUCGUACCAUUGUCCGCUGUAAUGGAAGAGCCAGUGAAGUUCGAAGCCAAUCAUCCCUUCUUGUUCAUUCUUACCAAGGAUAAAAACCCCCUAUUCAUGGGUCAAUUUGUGAUGUUUCUAACUGCCGAAACUGACUUAGGUCUAAGUAUGCUACGGUGUGAGCCGUCCAACGUCUCUUUGGUGGUGUCACCGAUCUCUGUGAUCUUCACAUUGGCUAUGGUCCAUGCCGGUUCAAAGGGAACUACGAGAUCCGAACUUGAAAGUGUCAUCUCAAAGGGUCAGGAACAUGGCCUGACUCUUCCAUACUUCAGUGAUAUAUCCUUGCUGGCUACAUUUGUGCAUGUACUGAGGGAAAAAUUUGCGACAUGGUUAAAGAAGAGAAUGUUAAAAGUUGAAUACAUGAAUGGUUCCGAUCAAGAGAUGCUUCACGCUGAAGACGACGAUGUUAAAGUUCUUUCUCUUCCUUAUGUGGAUACCUCGUAUGCCCUCAAUAUAUUCUUACCAAAAAGCAGAUUUGGAUUGCACGAAGUUCGAGCGAGACUAACCGGCGAAAGAGUUCAGAGCCUUCUCUCGAAGCUGGAAAAAACAAAAAUAUCGAUCACAAUCCCGAAGAUGAAGAUUGAGACAGGCUUUAAUCUUAAGAAGGCACUGAAAGACAUGGGUGUUACCAACAGCUUCAGUACCAAAGCUGACUUCACCGGAAUCAUCGGAAGGCGGCUCUUGGUCGCAGGUGCUGCUCAUAGAGCCACAAUUAAGGUUGAUGAGGAUGGAACGACAGCUGCGGCUGGUACAGUGUUCACCAGGUUUGAAUCAAUGUCUGCCAUCGUGGGAGAACGUGUGAAGUUCGAAGCCAAUCAUCCGUUUUUAUUCAUCCUCACCAAGGAUCACAACCCUCUCUUUAUGGGACAAUUUGUGUGA